UUCUUUUAUUUAAUAUACACACAGCACAGUUACACGUGCACAUGUUACACUCGGCCAUUCAACUCGGACUGCAAGGAAAGCUCAGUCCACAUCUGUUACCCUCAGAGCCCUUCUUGCACAUGCUACACAAUGUGUCGUCGCAAAUUUUGGCCCCAAACAAAUGCUUUAUGCCGUGCGGGAAAGCAACCUCCCCUUUUACUAUGCUGCGUUGGAGGUCCGACUUACCCGUAAUUCUGACGGUAUUCGGAUGCGAAUGAGGUUGCCAAUCACGUGCGCAAAUUGCGAAUACGAGUGCUAUCAAAUAUACACUUUUCCAGUCUCUUGGGCUACCCUUCAUCACCAUGUUGUUUGGCAGACUCAAGAAUUUUUAAUAGUUAGUCGGGAUCGACAAACUCACGCCACUCUCUCUCGCACUGAACUAUCCAGUUGCUUCCAUACAACACAUUACUUAUGCUCCACGCUAAUUUUACACACUAACACUACUGAGUGCGAGAUGUCACUGUUUUUAGCUGAAACUACUACACCUCCAUGUCCUCGUGUUCUAGUCUCACUUCGUCAACCAAUAAUUCAGCCUGUUGGCAACAGUUUUCUGUUCGCUGUUCCACAGACUGUCACCGCCACCCUGGUGUGCCACCGUUCAAUGUCAGAGACUGAAUCGUACCGGAUAACACUGAAUAAUAGUGGCCUAGUGUAUAAUAGUUCAAGAUGUGACGUAUACGCUGCUUCUAUGAGGAUAUCAGCUCAAUUGCACUCCACCUUUCAUGUCACCAUUCCCACAUUUACCUUAUACCUUCCUGAACUCUCUUUUAAAAUCCAUCACCAUGAGAAGCUGAAGAAUUUACCGAAUACCAAUGAUUCAGAUCUACUCCAAUCGAUCAAUCAUCUCCUUACCCAGGAACACAACCAAGUUGCUCUUGACCGAGUGGCCUCACAUAUUGCUGAUUGGCACCAAACCAAGCGAUUAACCACCGUUGUAUUACCCAGCGCUGGUUCGGUAAUCAUCAUUGUAAUGAUUCUGAUUAUAGUAUCCUGGAUACUCUGUAAAAGAGGGUUUUGCAAAUGUUUCACUUCCUUCCGAGAAGUAGUACCACCCCCACAACCUGAAGGUGAAUAUCACACCUGAAACUACCUGCCAACCUUGGUGCAUGCGAUCAGGCAUGACCCCCCCCCCCCCUUAGAAUUAAGUUGUAGUCUAGGUGUCAGGUCAAUGAACUAAUUUUGUAAUGGAUUUGUAUUUCUAUGUAAAGUCUAUGGAAUCACAAUUUAACUGUCGAGUUUUAACCCACAUGUAAGUCAUUUUGUUUUCUCUUUAAAUUUUUGUCAUUUUGUAAUGUUCUCAUUCACCCACUUGGGCAAUUACCAUUGUAAUCCUAGAUUUAAGAACUCAAAGUAAUAUUACGGGGAAAAACCCCCUUGUGACUGUUAGGCCUGGGAGCAUUCUCUCACCCCCACGAGGGUGGAGUGUUUCAGUGUGCUGUGCUCCGGUGCCCCUCAUCAUCGCCUGGGUACCCACCACCACUGAUACCGCCGACACACACUCACAGCAUGGCGCCGCCUCACUGCCGUCGCACCAACUUCACAAGUUUGUUAUUCAAGAGCCUUCCUUCAGGCCACUUUGUAACAUUUGCACAUAUUGAUAUCACUAUGUUAUGGGACCCUUCAUAAUGAUCAUAUAUUUUUUAAAUGGAAUAAUCAAUUAGAAUAAGCUCAUUCAUUUUCAUCCAGAGAGCCUUCUUCGGAAGGGGAAAGGAUGUGCAGGGAGGAGACCCCCAAGAGGGAUCAUUGCCGACAAAAUUUUAUUUAAGUAAAUUUUCAAUGCAUAAUGUUCGGCCGUAGCCGGCUUGGGCAUACUGUGGUGGAAGGUGCUGGCCGGAAGACCAUGGUCGGCACAUUCCUGCCACGUGCUCCUCGGUCAGACUCAAGUCCCACGGGUUGGUUGCGCUGACGGGGGCACGCUACUAGCAAGGCGCGUUGGCGGAAUCAAUCCUCCAAUCAGAGACUAAUCGUGUGAUCACGUGGGGACGCGGCCGGGAGCGGCGAGGGCGGCUUGGAAACAGCUCCGCGCUCUCUUAGCUUCUGACCUCGGCCCCGAGUAGUCGCUCCUCUAGUCUCUGCCUCUCUGAUGAGCAGAUGGCAACCCCUCUUGGGGCUGCUCAGCCCUACGUAGGCACCACUGUACCAUCAUUACAAGAAUAAACUGGGUCCAUUCCACUCAA